UGUGCUAUGCUUCAGUUGGUGCACGCAGUCGACUCGUCACUGUGAAGUUAGCUACUUGUCCCUUCUGUAGAUUGUCUUGACUGAUUGAUGAAGAUGAUGAUGCGAUCUGUUCCCGUCUUCGUGUUUCUAGGCCUCUUGGCCUUCCAGGUCGCCCUUGCCGAUUGGUCAGAACGCCGCACCGUCGAAGAGUUUCCAGAUCAAAAGCGUAACGACGAGAGCAAACUGAUGGAUGAACUGAUCUCCCGCCUUCUGGACAACAAACGUCAGCAAAGUCAUAAAGUUUGCGCUGAGGAUGAGGACUUCUAUUGUUGGGAUUCUGGAUGUAACACUCCAAUUGGUAUCAUUGGAAAUGCGUAUGUCGAAUUCUAUUCGAAUACUAAUCUGUUCGUGGUUUCACUUGAGUACUGCUGCGAUGCGGAUGGUUACUGGGACAAUCACUUUGAGGAAAGACAGACAGUAUCCGAUCUGUCCAAAGUGCUGCCUUACUCCAAGGAGUACACCUUCGACGAAAAGACUUACAAGAUGACCGUCCAAAGCGUCGUGACUGGCGGAUCGAAGCUCUCUGUCAGUGGGGUGUGCGUGGAGUAAUGACGACGCCACCACCGGAACCACAAGAGACGCACACUUGGAACCGACCAUGGAUUUUUAAUGGAUUUGUUGGGUUUUGUUCUGUGAGAUUUUUGAUUUUCUAACAGGCUCGGACUUAUUUAAUAGUUAUUCGUAUAUAAAUAAUCGCCACUGAUAUUUAGUUGGUAUGGGGGUGCUUUCUUCCAUUAUAUUUUUUUCGUAAUCACCUACGUUUUAACAGCGUUUUUUUAUUCUUUUCUUUCAUAGUAAUCCCUAUUACGUUUCAACAGUAUAGGCCUAUAUGUAGUUACGAAUGAGAAGUAAUAUACUAGAGCGGUACAGUAGCGUAUAUCUUCUGAGGCACGGGGGAGGUGUACGUGGACCCCCCCCCCCCCCACCGCCCCCCCCCCCCCUAUGUCUCUGCCCCCCGGAUUUCCCUCAUUUAUAUAUGUAGCCUUCAAUGGUCCCUUGAAUAAAGUAUACACCCCAAUGUGCCCCUACAGUGUUAACCAUACACCACUGGAGUGCUACACUACAAUAUAUUUGUCCACCAUGGACUCUGGGCACUGAAGGCGCUGGCUGUAACGCGCAUGCGCCAGAAAUGAAGCGGUUGGUUCUUUGACUCUAUCUCCUCUGCAGCCGAUUAAUGGGAACAUUGCGUAAUUUACACGCGUACGAUUUACAGGAAUUUGUGGGGUAGAUUCACCACCUCUUAAAUAUGAUGGACUUUUUUGGACGAGAUUAUCAUAACUUGUUGUGUACGAUUUCAUUCCGGUGACAAAACAGUCAUUGAAUCACCUGCGCCUACCGCCAGUUUCUUGACUGCUUUUUUUUCUGAAUCGGACAAAAACUCUCAAAUUUGUUAUCGGUUUCUGGCUAGGGCAGGGCUGGCGAACGUCUUAAUUAUGUCACCUUUAUUGUAUUGCUAGUAAAUCUUUUGAAACGUAGCAUCGGUUUUGAAAGGAAAUCGCAUAAUAAAAACAAGACAUAUGUGUUGCAGUAUUGAUGUGAUAAUGAAAACAAAUGUUGUACACGUCAACAAACAGAUGACGCAAUCAUUAAUUUUGUAAAUUGUAGUUGAAAAUGACUUUGAACAUUUUCAGGCGUUUACCUUGGGGGCGUAUCGGGGGAGAGGCAACUUGACCCUAAUGGCAUUUUGACGGCGUCAUAAAACAGAACUUGUUUUUUUCAAACGCUUCUUAGACGCUUCAGACGUCUAUACAGUAGAGUCUUAAUUCCCCCCCCCCCCCCCAUAAAACAUCGGGAGACGUUACUGCACGUCUUUAUUUUUUUUUCCUUUUGUAGUUGUUUGCAUCUCUUCCUCAAAACUUUUGAAAUAGUUAUCCGUUGUGCAAAGGCAAUAUCUACUUCACAACAUAAACCAUCACAGUCCUCCAAUCAGUUGAAAAAGUUGUUGUUUCAAGCAUUUGAUUUGCAAAUAGCGACCUUAAAAGGAGAGGGUCCUUGUGUUUAAGGUGUGGCACUCAUAAAAAAAAUACAUUUUAAAUUUGAACAGAUGGCAAUUUUAUUUGAGCAUUGCAAAAUGUCUGACCUAUCUCCAAUGAGACAUUCUACGCUAUGUUGUUAAAUACUGUUUGUUUUAUUCAAUUCAAAUGCAUACCAAACCAUUCAGGAUAAACUUCACUCCAGUCGCACCUUAGCCAAUACCAGCCCAUUGACGUCGUGCCUAAAGUACACGCGUAUCACUUCAGUGUGUGCACAUAAUCGUACGCUUCACAGACUUAGCGCAACACCCGACUUGGGCUAAGUCUAAAUUCAGCUCAAACAAGCACAGUACACGGGAUCGUCGCUAGACUACUUGAGGGGCGGGGGGGGGGGGAGGAAAAGAAAUCUGCCGAAAGACUAUCCCUGCCAGAAGGUAGACAGAUAUUUUGUUUCAUGGUCAUCCGGCCGGCCUCCAUUAAUC